AUGGAGUCUUUUGGUAGAGCAAAGCCAUACAUGCUUGUGAUUUUAUUGCAAUUUGCUUCUGGAGUAUUGAACAUUAUUGUCAAGGCAGCUCUAAAUGAUGGUAUGAGCCAACAUGUACUUGUGGUGUACCGGAUGGGCAUCGCCUCUGUUGUCAUUGCUCCGUUCGCCUUUGUUUUGGAAAGGAAGUCAAGACCAAAGAUGACCUUGCCGAUCUUUGCAAAGAUAAUGCUGCUCAGCUUGUUUGAGCCAGUAACGUUUCAUAACUUGUUCUACUCCGGCAUGAAAAAUACUAGCGCGAAUUUUAGCGCUGCUAUAUUCAAUAUUGUUCCUGCCAUCGCGUUUAUACUGGCUUGGACGUUAAGGCUCGAGAAUGUGAAGAUUAAGGAGCUGUCCAGCCAAGCGAAAGUUAUUGGAACAGUGGUGACGAUUGGAGGCACAAUGCUAAUGACUCUUGUCAAAGGAAAACACCUAAUUCUUCCAUGGACUAACGGACAACAUGUUCAACAAGCUACUGUAAUUGAUGAAACUAAUCAUAAGAGACAUUUCGGAGAGGGUGCUGUCAUGAUUAUAUCUGCUUGUUUCAUUGGUUCUACUUUCCUCAUUUUGCAAGCAUUUACACUAAAAUCAUACCCGGCUAAACUCUCUCUCACAGCUUUGCAAUGUAUAAUGGGAAUGGUAGAAGGCACUGGUCUUGCCGUUGCUGUUGAACGGGGCAACACUUCAGUUUGGUGUAUACAAAAGCAAAGAGCCAACAUCAUAGCUGUACUAUAUGGAGGACUAUAUUCCGGAGUUGCUUAUUAUAUCAUGGCAUUAAUAACAAAGAAAAGAGGUCCUGUGUUUGUGAGUGCUUCUAGUCCUCUAAGCAUGGUUGUCACCACAAUCAUAGGCUCCUCCUUUUUACGUGAGCAACUUUACAUGGGAAGGAUUCUUGGAGCCAUUGUCGCAGUAAUAGGGUUGUAUCUGGUCUUAUGGGGUAAGAGCAAAGAUCAACCUCAACAACAAGCUACAGAAACUGACAAGGUAGCACCAAAUCAAGAAACAACAACAAACUGGAUGAAUGAUAACAUAGGCAAUACUGAUAUUGAGAAUGCAACAACAUGUCAAGAAACAACUACAAUGGGUUUUUAUUAUGCAAAUUCUCAAGCGUACUGCUACCAUCUCGAAUUGGUUCUGGUUUCCAAGAAACUCAAAAGCAACAACAACAAUACAUGGUCUCGUGAGAUGCGUAUUGCUCUCAAUGGUAAGAAUAAGAUCGAUCUUAUUGAUGGGACCCUCAAACAACCAAUUCUAGACAAGAACAACACAUGGCAACGAUGUAACGACAUGGUCCUCUCAUGGAUUAUAGGUUCUUUGCAAUGA